CCACAUCAAAUCCCAAACCCUACAACAAAAGUUUCAUUAAAAAAGGCGUCAACGCUUGAUAAACGAUUCCUAAAUAUAUAAGAAAUUGAUGCUUAAACCGAACAAGAUGGGAACUUUAACUGAUUUUGGGCAAAUAGCUCUGAAAUGGGAUCCCAAAAAUUUGGAAAUUCGUACAAUGUCAGUAGAGAAAACACUAGAGCCCCUUGUACUACAAGUAACAACUCUUGUGAAUACUAAGGGUCCAAGCAAAAAGAAAAAAGGAAAAUCAAAACGUGCCAGUGCGUUAGUUGCAGCGGUUGAAAAGGCUACAGAAAAUUUUAUUCAAAAAGGCGAACAGAUUGCCUAUGAGAAUCCAGACAUUACACAAGAAAUGUUAGCCGCUGUGGAUGAAGUAAAAAAAACUGGAGAUGCCAUGAGCAUUGCAGCCAGAGAAUUUUCUGAAGAUCCAUGCAGUUCCAUGAAGAGAGGGAAUAUGGUACGUGCAGCCAGAAACCUAUUGUCGGCUGUAACACGUUUGUUAAUAUUAGCUGACAUGGUGGAUGUUCAUUUGCUUUUAAAAUCGCUUCACAUUGUUGAGGAUGACUUGAAUAAACUCAAAAACGCAUCGAGUCAAGACGAGCUUAUGGAUAAUAUGAGGCAAUUCGGCCGCAAUGCAGGAGAACUUAUAAAACAAGCUGCCAAACGUCAGCAAGAACUAAAGGAUCCUCAAUUGAGAGACGACUUAGCAGCAGCUCGUGCGAUGCUUAAAAAACAUUCAACAAUGCUUUUGACUGCAUCAAAAGUAUAUGUUCGCCAUCCCGAACUAGACUUAGCGAAAGUGAAUCGCGACUUUAUUCUGAAGCAAGUUUGCGAUGCUGUAAAUACUAUCAGCGAUGUUGCUCAAGGAAAGUCAUCUCAACCGACAGAUAUUUACAGCGGGGCAGGAGAGCUCGCUGCAGCUUUGGACGAUUUUGACGAAGGAAUUGUUAUGGAUCCUAUGACCUACAGCGAGAAGCGUUCACGCCAAUUGCUCGAAGAACGCUUGGAGAGUAUUAUUAGCGCAGCUGCCUUAAUGGCGGAUGCAGACUGUACUAGAGACGAGCGGCGAGAAAGAAUUGUGGCAGAAUGCAAUGCUGUACGGCAAGCAUUACAAGAUCUGCUUUCUGAAUAUAUGUCAAACAUGAAUCAAAAAGAUAACAGCCCUGGACUUUCGCGAGCAAUAGAUCAAAUGUGUCGCAAAACUCGUGAUCUCCGGAGACAAUUGCGAAAAGCUGUUGUUGAUCAUGUUUCCGACUCAUUUUUAGAGACUACAACUCCUUUGCUUGAUUUGAUUGAAGCAGCCAAAACAGGCAAUGAAAAAAAUGUUCGUGAAAAAGCCGAAAUUUUCACAAAACACGCUGAAAAACUAGUUGAAGUUGCUAAUCUAGUAUGUAGUAUGUCAAGCAACGAAGAUGGUGUUAAAAUGGUUCGGUAUGCUGCUGCUCAAAUUGAAAGUCUUUGUCCGCAAGUAAUAAAUGCAGCAUCUAUAUUAACUGUCCGACCAAAUUCUAAAGUAGCUCAAGAAAAUAUGACCACAUAUCGACAGGCUUGGGAGGUGCAAGUUCGUAUUUUAACCGAAGCAGUCGAUGAUAUAACAACAAUUGACGACUUUUUGGCAGUGUCCGAAAAUCACAUUCUUGAAGAUGUCAAUAAAUGUGUAAUGGCUUUACAAGUCGGAGAUGCUAGGGAUUUGCGUACAACGGCUGGAUCUAUUCAAGGACGUUCUUCUAGAGUUUGUAAUGUUGUCGAAGCUGAAAUGGACAAUUAUGAACCAUGUAUCUAUACCAAACGAGUGCUAGAAGCAGUUAAAGUUCUUCGAGAGCAAGUUAUGAUGAAAUUUGAUCAACGUGUGGGUGCAGCAGUUGGAGCUCUUUCAAAUAACUUUAAUAAAGAUGUUGAUGAAAAUGACUUUAUAGAUGCGUCACGCCUGGUGUAUGAUGGAGUCAGAGAAAUUCGAAGAGCUGUUUUAAUGAACAGAAGCUCUGAAGACCUUGACACUGACACUGAAUUCGAACCAGUUGAAGACUUGACCUUAGAAACUAGAAGCCGAUCGAGUGCCCAUACUGGAGACCAAACAGUUGACGAAUAUCCAGACAUAAGUGGAAUAUGUACAGCUCGAGAAGCCAUGAGAAAAAUGACAGAAGAAGAUAAACAAAAAAUUGCUCAACAGGUUGAGUUAUUCCGUAAAGAGAAACUUACAUUUGAUUCAGAAGUUGCUAAGUGGGAUGAUACCGGAAAUGAUAUUAUUUUUUUGGCUAAACAUAUGUGUAUGAUUAUGAUGGAAAUGACCGACUUUACAAGAGGACGAGGACCCUUGAAAACUACUAUGGAUGUUAUCAAUGCAGCAAAAAAAAUUUCUGAAGCUGGAACAAAAUUAGAUAAACUUACCAGGGAAAUAGCAGAGCAAUGUCCGGAAAGUAGCACAAAAAAGGACCUAUUAGCCUAUCUCCAACGUAUUGCUUUAUACUGUCACCAAAUCCAAAUAACAUCUAAAGUAAAAGCUGAUGUUCAAAAUAUUAGCGGCGAACUUAUUGUUUCUGGGCUGGAUAGCGCAACAUCGUUGAUUCAAGCCGCUAAAAAUUUAAUGAAUGCAGUGGUAUUAACAGUCAAAUACUCGUAUGUGGCAUCGACAAAAUAUACUAGACAAGGGACUGUAUCGUCCCCAAUUGUAGUGUGGAAAAUGAAGGCUCCAGAAAAGAAACCAUUGGUCAGGCCUGAAAAACCUGAAGAAGUUAGGGCAAAAGUUCGCAAGGGAUCUCAAAAAAAGAUUCAGAACCCUAUACAUGCAUUAUCUGAAUUUCAAAGUCCUGCUGAUGCUGUUUAAAAUAAAAUAAUAAAUAAUACAUUGAUAAAUAACGGUAAAAAGAAAAAUAUAUAUCAGUAUUGGACUUGUCUUUAUUUUACAAAAUCUCCUAUUUAUUCAAUUUUAUCGAUUAAAACGUUCUUGUAAUAUCACAACUACUGUUAUAUCAAAAUAAUAAAAAAAUGUAUAUCUACACAUUAAAAA